GCGUGGAUUGGUGUGUUGGAAAUUAGAUUGCGACAGUCAGUUUCUUGCCCUUUAUUAUAGAAAAAGUUUUUGCCAGAUGAUUGGGCAAUGUUUGUUCACUGGGGGCAGUUGUGGUGGCCCGAUGAAUUAUGUUAUCACAGCUCCAUGGACUAAAAGAGCCUCUCUUGAGCGGUAGUUUCAAAAUCUCAACACGCUUACCGUACGUUAUUGCCUGCCUUUGGCUAACCUGCAGAUACAUAUUCGGAGGCGCAGUUCCCAAGACAAAAGUCACCAUGGAGAACGAAAGUCAGGGAAGCAUUUCAAAUUGUCAGACAAAGGAUAUGGAAGAGACAAGAAUGGAAGUUCAGCCACUAGUUGAUGGUAGCAGUGCAUCACAGCCUACUAACAAGGAAGUAGUAAAGAAACGAGUCAGUUCCACAGAAGAGACAAGGAGAAGCAGCUCUUCACGUUCAUCCAGGAAGAGCUUUCGCCUUGAUUACAGGUUGGAAGAAGAUGUUACCAAGUCUCAAAGAGAUAAACAUGGGCGCUUUAUCAACCCCUGGCCUACAUGGAGACCUCCCACUUUAUACAAUGUCCUGAAGUGGCAAAUAACUGAAAAAAAUAGCAGUAACAUUCCCAGCUCUAAAGAGGAGCUAGAUAAGGAGCUUCCCGUUUUGGAACCAUACUUCAUUAAAAAUCCACAGAUGGUGGGUAAAACAGGAUUGGGAAUGCGAGUCACAUGGAUGGGACAUGCAACUGUCUUGGUGGAAAUGGAUGAUCUUACAUUUUUGACUGAUCCCAUCUUUAGCCAGAGAGCUUCUCCUGUUCAGUUUUUGGGGCCGAAACGUUACAGGGGACCCCCAUGCACAGUUGCUGAUCUUCCGAAGAUUGACGCAGUGGUCAUCAGCCACACUCAUUAUGACCAUCUGGAUUCAGGCACAAUAAUAAAUCUGAAUGAGCGCUUUGGAAGUGAUUUACGCUGGUUUGUUCCUCUUGGCCUCUUAGACUGGAUGCAGAAAUGUGGCUGUGAGAAUGUUAUUGAGCUGGACUGGUGGGAAGAAAACUGUGUACCAGGACAUGAUGAAGUUACCUUUGUGUUCACACCAGCACAACACUGGUGUAAACGUACGCCUACAGAUGAUAAUAUGGUACUUUGGGGCAGCUGGUCUGUCUUGGGCCCAUAUAAUCGCUUUUUCUUUUCUGGAGACACUGGAUACUGUAAAGUGUUUGAACAGAUAGGCAAACGCUUUGGCCCUUUUGAUUUGGCUGCUAUUCCCAUUGGAGCUUAUGAACCAAGGUGGUUCAUGAGAUGUCAGCAUAUAGAUCCGGAAGAGGCUGUAAGGAUUCAUAUUGAUGUUCAAGCAAAGAAAUCACUAGGAAUUCACUGGGGGACAUUUGCUUUAGCUUAUGAGUUCUAUCUGGAUCCUCCUGUUAAACUUAAGGAAGCUAUGGAAAGAUAUGGACUGAAACAAGACAAUUUUUUUGUUUUAAAUCAUGGGGAGUCUAAAGAGUUGAAAUUUGAAGAAGAUGCUUUUGAAUAACAUGCAUCUAUUAGCAUGGACUUAAAUAAGAUCUGCUGGCUUCUAAAACAAUCAUUUGCUGGACUAUUGAAGUUAUAGUGGAAUGUCAAAACAAUAUUUCAUGAUUCAAUUGUCAUCAUAAUCAAUAUUUUUGAUAGCAUAAUAGUUGAUGAUUUUUUCUGAUCAAGUGUUAAAGCAAAUAUUUACCCAAAAUGUCAAAUUCUUCUGUAAUGUCUAAGGUUGUGAAGAAUCCAGGGUUUUCAGUUCAGUAAAGUGUUUGCAGGUAGCCACUGAAGGUACAUCUUGAAUAUUUCAAAGUUCAUUUCAGGGCCUGAUAUUAAGAGCCAUUUCAUUGCAUUGCCUGUUUUUCUUUCCCAAGUCUUUGGGCAGCCAUGCUUAUUAAAGACGUACUGUUAACAUUAAUGCUGUUUAACUGCACUGAAAAUUGUGAAUUCUUCUCACUCAGAACAUUUCUCAAGGUAAAAAAAUGAAAGUUUUUUUUAAUCACCAUUUUUAAUUUAAAAUUUGAAUGAAGUAUUUUAAAAUGUAAUAUUUUAUAAUUUAAGAAAAGUUUAUUGGGCGAUGAUGCUGGUGCCUCACAUUUGUUAAAAAUUUCCUAUUUUAAUUCCUUUGGGAUGAGUAGUCAACAAUUCAGCUGUGUUGCUGUCUUGUUUUGCAAAUAUUGAAGAGACUCAUCAUAAUCAGGUUUUGGAUAUCAUUUUGAUAUUAAAUUUCAAGAAAUUGCCAUUGUUGGUAUAUAGAAAGUAUUUGUUCCAAAACCGCCAACUCCUCUUUUACAUGUUAAACAGUUCAAUCAAAUAACUGUGGGAGAGCUCUGUAUUUUUAAAAUUGUGCUUUUAAAUAACACAACAAAGCAGCUGUAAAUUAAAAAUGUAUUUUUGUUUAAAAGGUAUAUAUGGGGUGAACAUUUUAUGGAGGUUGCCUUAUGCUUGCCCUUUUCUAAAAGAAAAUAAUCUGUGAGACAUCAAUAAAAAGGCAUGCAAGACAAGGCAAUUUAUUCCUUCCUGUGUUUGUAUAGCAGAGCUGGGAUUUACACAUGUUGUUAUAUAUCCAACUCAAUAUUUAUUUAAUUUGACAGAGUAAUCAUUCAAGUUGUAAAGAAAUGUUCAAAAGAAUUACAUUAUAUAGAAAUCUUUAUUGUACAUUACAUUCUUGGCUAGAGCACUUUAAAAAUACUGAAUUUAAACUGCAUGCUUAGCCUGUUGUGUAUCACAUUGAUGUGGAGUUUAUUUACUGUUGUGCUAAUACUUGGCACAGACUGAAAUUCCUAAAAAUGUUUUUAUCUUUCCUAAAAGCUGCCAACAUGAUCAAUCUAUGUUGUGGGUGAUGUUAAGGUCUGCUGUGUAAAUAUGAGUUUCCUAUUCUUUCCUGAGGAUCGAGAAUUUAAUUUUACUAUAAUAUUCUCAAACUUGCUUAACUAAAUUGGUCAGAGAUUUAAAUUUUAAUAAUCUUGAUUUUCCUGAUCUUGUGCACCUCUUUCUGGAGUUUAAAUGUAAUAAGUCUAUCAUGCUCAC